AAUAAAAUGAUUUCAGUUUCAUUCCAUUAUAACCAUUUUGGCGUAAGCUCCCCAUAAACAAAGAUUGAGUAAAAAAAUGUCAAGCAGAGCAGGUCCACGUCCACCAACUGUUGUAAAUUUUCCAGUCAGGCCCAACAGCCGCCUAACCACCUCGUCAACAUCAAAAUAGUACAACUCUUCUUUGCUUCAACUCUACUUCUAUAAAUCCUUUCACUGCAAAUUUGUGUUGUCAUACUCAUAAAUGUCCCGUAUCUCUGCUGCCCUUUGAUCAGAAUUUGAAACUUGGAAACAAUGAGCAUGAGGUCCAGCAGACCCCCACUCUCCAUUAACCUUAAGCUCAUUCUUCUUCUCUUCCUGUUUCUUUCCUUCCUCCUCUUAGUAAUCAGAUCUGGUUUUCAAUCUUCCCAGAAUAGUCCACCGCCUGCUACACAAACCCAUUUAUCCAACUUGACAGAAGAACCCGAAUGCCCAUCUCCUCCCACGACUUCCAUUUGCACAAAAACCCCGGCUUCUGUGGCCAACGCUCUCAUCCAUUACGCAACCACCAACGUAACCCCCCAGCAAACCCUCAAGGAGAUCUCUGUGUCCGCCACAAUCCUGGAAGCAAAGUCACCCUGCAACUUCUUGGUGUUCGGAUUGGGGCAUGACAGCCUCAUGUGGACGGCUCUCAACCACGGAGGGCGCACGGUUUUCCUGGAAGAAGACAAGGCCUGGAUCGAGCAAAUACAGGAGCGGCUGCCCAACUUGGAAGCAUAUCACGUGCAGUACGACACCAAGGUCCAUCAAGCGGAUGAGCUGAUGAAGAUGGGAAUGGAAGAAGAGUGCAAGAGUGUGGGAGACCCCAGAUUUAGCGAGUGUCAGCUUGCGCUCAAAGGGUUUCCUAGCGAGAUUUAUGAAAUGGAAUGGGAUUUGAUUAUGGUGGAUGCUCCAACAGGCUACUUCAAUGAGGCGCCUGGAAGGAUGAGUGCCAUCUACACGGCUGGACUCAUGGCUAGGAACAGACGGGAGGGUGAGACCGAUGUGUUCGUUCAUGAUGUGGACAGAGUAGUUGAGGACAGUUUCUCUAUGGCUUUUCUGUGUCAGGGAUAUCUCCGCAAACAAGAGGGCAGGAUUAGGCACUUCACCAUUCCCAGCCAUAGGCCUCGCCCGGACACACCUUUUUGCCCCUAGACCCCCCUUUCUUUCAGAUCACCAUUCUUCUUCUUCUUCUUAUACAUAUAUUUUUAUUUUAUUAUUACAUACAAAAUCAACCCCCACCUUUUUUGUAUUAGAACAUGCCACAUUAUGCUCAAACUCCAACCACAUUUGUUCCUCCACAAUUAAUAUUGAUUUUCACUUUAUAUACAUUCUACAAAUUUUCAAA